AUGGCCAUUUUUCAUUUGAAGGAAAUUAUUGAAAUCAUCUUGACAUUCUUGCCUGAAUGGGAUCGGAAGAGCUCUGAACAAGUGUCUCUUACUUUCCACCAAGCGUGUAAUGAAGUGGAAGAACGGGAAAUGAUUGAACGAUUACAAUUUGAUGAGAAGGCUCUUCAUAAAAGUAUUCUUAAAGCACUCGAUAAAUGUCGUGAUGAUGAUCGUGAUGAGAAAUUAAUUUUGAAACAAUUAGAAAAUAUUGAAAAAGCAUUGAACUUUAAAAUUCCAUUUCAUGUUCGGGUGUACAUGAAACAUUCCAAGAUUUAUCCAAGGAAUGAAGCUAUUCCGUAUAUUCCCAAUCUCAACAGUUUUGUAUUGCACCCAUUCAUGUGUAUUUCUCCAAUACCACAAUGGAAAGUAAGAAGAGGACGAGACUGUGUCGUGAUUGGUGAAUAUCAACCAAGGAAAAAUGACAAAUAUUUAGUGGUACUGAAUAAUAGAGAAGGAAAGGGAGAGCUUGAGGUUGAAAGACAUGUGAAAGUGAUCUAUCACCAUCUCGAGUCGCAAAAUUUUGUGGUAGAGUCAAUAUUUAAAGCCAACAGAAUGGAAACACUUGUGGUUGGUACCUUGAAAAAAUGGGUUUCCAAUUUUGGUUACCUUAAAGAUCAGAGUAAGCUUUCUGUUCUCACAGAACUGUUGAGGAGUUAUCCUAACAAUUGUAUCUAUCAGGAAAAUGUUCUGUCUGACAAUCCUAAACUGUUUUUGGAAUAUUUUGUUGCAAAUUACAAGCAAGGUUAUGUUGUCAUGAGUUGGUUUAACCAAUUGAAACAACGUGAAUAUCGUGAAUUAAUGAAACACAAAAUUAUCACGCUUGAUGAAUUACCAAAUCAUAUUAGAAAUGAUGAAAAAUUAAUUCGUUUCGCAGUUGAAACAAAUGGAAUUAAUUUAAGGUAUUUAAAACGAACACAUCACAACGAUAGAGAUUUAGUUAUUGCUGCAGUGAGAGAGAAUGGUUUGGCCAUUGCAUUCGCAUCAAAAGCACUUAGAAAUUCAGACCCUUUUGUUUUUUCACAAGCUUUUCAAAAUAAUCAGUUAGCACAAUACUUUUCCGACACAAAGAACCAAAAAGAAGGAUCCAUAUUCAGUGAAAUAUCAUCAUCACUUGAUCGAACAGAUCGAAAUGAUGAUUUCAUUGAUCAAUUUGAGGAAAAUCUUCAACGUGGUAUUUAUGGUUGGGGUAUUGAAUAUUUAACACAAUUUCAAAAACAAAUUAUUCAAGCCAUUUGUGAGAGUGGCAACAAAAAUGUACUAAUUGAAGGUCCUUGCGCCUCAGGUAAAACCAUUGCGUCCAUUAUUGGAGUGCUACACAAGGGUUUAGAUGAUUCCAAAGCAGCUCCACCGGAUCAAGUACAAUGUUUGGUCAUUUGCCCCACACGAGACAUGGCCAUUCAAGUUCAACUAUUUUUCACCUCCCUGUGUGAGUAUAUGAAAGAUAUAACGAUAGGCACCAGUACAGGUGGAUUAAUUACAUACUAUACAAUGGAGUUUGCCAAAUCUUAUCGAAUUAUUAUUGGAACUCCAGGAAGAAUAGCUCAUAAGGCAAAAACAUAUAUGGAGCUAUCUCAUGUAAAGAUAGUGAUAUUGGAGGGGUCGGAUCAGCUAUGUGCUGGAGAAUUCGACAAUGAUCUCAAUGUUAUCUUUAAGAGACUACCCGCCACUUGUCAGAGUGUGCUAAUUUCUUCAGUAUUUCCGCAAAAAGUUGUCAUGAGAAUUGGACAAAUGCUUGGAAGUUUCAAAGUCUUGAGAUUGCCGAUGUUAACAGAAAACCUCCCACACAAACAUCAAUUCCUUGAUUUGUUGUAUGAGGAAGAAAAGUUGACGCUCAUUAAGGAGAUUAUAAUAGACCAUACUGAUGUAUCAAUUAUGAUUUUUUGUAAUUCGAGAAGAAACACAGAGCGCCUGAGCCAGGAAUUGAGAGAUUUUGGAUUUUAUUCUUUGGUAACACAUGGUGACAUGGACGAUGCGGAUAGACAGAAAACCGUUCGCGACUUUAGAAAAGGCGUUUGUAGAAUUCUUAUUUGUACGGACACAAUGGCACGAGGGUUAUCGAUAUCGCAUCUUGGGCUUGUUGUCAAUUAUGACUUUCCAGAGAAUAAGGUGGUAUUUACCGAAAGGAUGGGAAGACUAUUGCACAUCAAUCCCAACAAAGAAAAACAAGUAAUAUCUUUUGUGACCAAGGAGUUUUCGAAAAAAGCAAAAGCUUGGUGUCGAGAGUUGGGUAUGGAAAAUCAUAGUGAAUGGACCUGGUGUUGA